CUGACUGAUUCUCUCUUCCUGCCUCUCCUCAGACUGACGAUGGCUGAAGCCCAGCUGUGUGGAUUACAGGACGAGUUCAAAUGCUUAUUGUGUCAGGGCAUCCUGACUGACCCCGUCACCAUCCCCUGUGGACACAAUUUCUGUCUGAAAUGCUUAACCAACUACUGGGAUCAGAGCCAAGAGUGCAGCUGUCCUCAGUGCAGAGAGAACUUCACCACGAGGCCUAGUCUGCGAAGAAAUAAUCUGCUGAAUGAAAUCAUCAAGAAAUUAAAGAAGACAACAAUCAGUCCUCCUCCUCAGAAUUAUGCCGGCCAUGGAGACGUGGAGUGUGACUUCUGUACUGGUAACAAGUUCAGAGCGGUGAAGUCCUGUCUCACCUGCAUGGCCUCCUACUGUCAGACUCACCUGCAGCCUCACUAUGAAGGAGACACCCUGAAGCACCACAAGCUGGUUGAUCCUGACAGAAAUCUGAAGGAGAAACUCUGUGAGAAACAUCAGAAAAGUCUGGAGAUGUUUUGCAAAACUGAUCAGAUGUGUAUUUGCAUAAUGUGUGGAAUGACUGAACAUAAUGGGCAUAAAAUGGUCGAGCUGGAGAAGGAAAGAGAAGAAAAGCAGAAACACCUGGGGGCGACACUGAGUGACAUCAAGAGGAGACUUGAGGAGAGAGAGAAGACACUGAAGGAGAUGAGGAGGGCGAUGGACGAGAUGAAGAUGUCUGUGGAAAGAGAGGUGGAAGAAAAUGAGAAGAGCUUCACUGCUCUGAUACGGUGCAUUGAGGAAGCUCACAGGAAAUUGACUGAGAGGAUCAGAGAACAAGAAAAGACAGAAAUGGAGAAGGCUGAACGAGUCAUGGAGCAACUGGAGAAGGAGAUCAAGGAGCUGAAGAGGAGAGAAGCUGAGGUGAAGGAGCUUUCAGAGACCAAGGACCAUCUCCACUUCCUACAGACUUUCUCAUCUCGCUGUGUCCUUCCUGCUGAUGGAGACUCGCUGAGCUUCACUGUCACUGCUGAUUUCUCCUCUGAGGACCUGAGAAAGGAGCUGUCAGGUCUGACAAAGACUCUGCAGAAGAUCAGCCAGUGGGUCAUCAUGACAAGGACUCCAUCAGAUCAUGAAGCUCCAGUUUUCACCCUCCAGCCUCCUGAACCUCAGAGCAGAGACGACUUUUUAAAAUACUUCUGUCCCCUCACUCUGGAUAUCAACACGGCACACAGAGCCCUCCGUCUGUCUGAAGGGAACAAGAAGGUGACAUGUGAGAGGACAAAGACUGAAUAUCCUGAUCAUCCUGACAGAUUUGACCGCUGCGCCCAAGUUCUGUGCAGAGAGGCUCUGACUGGGACUCGCUGUUACUGGGAGGUGGAGUGCAGUGGAGUCUUCAUGGUGAUUGGAGUCGCAUAUAAAGGAAUGAGCAGGAAAGGUUGGAGCAGGGAGUGCGGCCUUGGAGACAACGACAAGUCCUGGAGUUUGCAGUGUUUUCAUUCCAAGUACUCUGUGUGGCACAAAAACAAGGAGACUGUAAUCAGCGCCCCCUACAGCCCCAGAAUAGGUGUGUAUCUGGACUGGCCUGCUGGCUCUCUGUCAUUUUAUAGUGUCUCACACACAAUGACCCUCCUGCACAGGUUCAACACCUCCUUCACUGAGCCCCUCUAUCCAGGGUUUUAUCUUAGUCAACACUGCAGUGUAACAAUCAGCCAUCUAAUACCAUGUGACCACUGACCAGUACCCUCCACCGGUCACUUGAUGUCCCCACAAACUCAGGUGUCUUUAUGUUUGCAGUUUGGGGUCAAAAUUAAUUUUACACUAUAGGUGGGGGGGCAGCACCUCUGUGAGUGAAUUUGUGGAUGAGAAUGCGGGGGGAGUGCGGCUGUCAGGGUUUCCAUUAUUAUUGGGUCUGAGUAGCCAAUCAGGUGUGUGUGUCAUAGUGAGGGGCGUAGACACCUCAGACCUACAAAUACCAGUCUGACCAGCAGGGUUCACUGAUGAUUCACAGCCACAUGUCCUUCAGGCUGACACCCCAACUGCUGUGUCCUCUGAGUGUCACUUAAUGUCACCUGUCAGGCAGUCUAUAGAGCGCCUUUCAAUAGUGCUGCUCCAGCAGGACCACAUGCCUGGCUCAGUAUCCAGAGCCUCAUUCCAGUGACUAUUUUGGAGCACAGAGUGACAGAAGUGACAGGAGUGCUUGCCUCUGAACAAACAUUGUCUA